AGGGCAGCGCGGACCCUCGCUCCCGGCCGGGUCGCGGAGGCGAGCAGGGAGCCGCGGGCAGCCGCUCGUGCAGACAAGAUGGGGAACCGGGAGAUGGAGGAGCUGAUCCCGCUGGUGAACCGGCUGCAGGACGCCUUCUCGGCGCUGGGACAGAGCUGCCUGCUGGAGCUGCCGCAGAUCGCCGUGGUGGGCGGCCAGAGCGCCGGCAAGAGCUCGGUGCUCGAGAACUUCGUGGGCAGGGACUUUCUUCCCCGAGGAUCAGGCAUCGUAACAAGACGACCUCUCGUGCUGCAGCUUGUUACUUCUAAAGCAGAAUAUGGUGAAUUUCUGCAUUGCAAAGGAAAAAAGUUUACAGAUUUUGAUGAAGUUCGCCAUGAGAUUGAAGCAGAAACAGAUCGUGUGACUGGGAUGAAUAAAGGCAUCUCCCCCAUACCCAUUAAUUUACGAGUUUAUUCCCCACAUGUGUUAAAUCUAACCCUGAUCGACCUACCUGGAAUAACUAAAGUACCUGUGGGAGAUCAGCCACCAGAUAUUGAGUAUCAGAUCAGAGAUAUGAUUAUGCAGUUCAUCACAAGGGAGAACUGUCUGAUUUUGGCUGUCACCCCAGCCAAUACUGAUCUUGCAAACUCAGAUGCACUGAAGCUAGCUAAAGAAGUUGAUCCUCAAGGUCUGAGAACCAUUGGAGUCAUCACCAAGUUGGAUCUUAUGGAUGAAGGAACAGAUGCCAGGGAUGUUCUAGAGAACAAGCUGCUGCCUCUUCGCAGGGGUUACGUGGGGGUGGUAAACAGAAGCCAGAAGGACAUAGACGGGAAGAAGGACAUCAAAGCGGCCAUGCUGGCAGAGAGGAAGUUUUUCCUUUCCCACCCGGCUUACAGACAUAUUGCUGAUCGAAUGGGGACCCCACACCUGCAGAAGGUCCUAAAUCAGCAACUUACCAACCACAUUCGAGAUACCCUGCCAAACUUCAGGAACAAACUCCAGGGACAGUUGCUCUCCAUAGAACAUGAAGUAGAAGCCUAUAAAAACUUCAAACCUGAAGACCCCACCAGGAAGACCAAAGCAUUACUGCAGAUGGUUCAGCAAUUUGCUGUGGACUUUGAGAAAAGAAUUGAAGGGUCAGGGGAUCAAGUAGAUACUCUGGAGCUCUCAGGUGGUGCUAAAAUCAAUCGUAUUUUCCAUGAACGCUUUCCUUUUGAGAUAGUAAAGAUGGAGUUCAAUGAGAAAGAAUUGAGAAGAGAAAUAAGCUAUGCAAUCAAAAACAUACAUGGUAUCAGGACAGGGUUGUUUACUCCAGACAUGGCAUUUGAAGCAAUAGUCAAGAAACAGAUUGUAAAACUGAAAGGGCCUUCCUUGAAGAGUGUAGAUCUAGUAAUGCAAGAAUUAAUCAACACUGUCAAGAAGUGCACCAAAAAACUGGCAAACUUCCCCAGACUCUGUGAGGAAACAGAAAGGAUUGUUGCUAACCACAUUCGUGAACGGGAAGGAAAGACAAAGGACCAGGUACUGCUAUUGAUUGACAUUCAAGUUUCCUACAUCAACACCAACCAUGAAGACUUCAUUGGUUUUGCAAAUGCUCAACAGAGGAGCAGUCAGGUUCACAAGAAAACCACAAUUGGAAAUCAGGGAACCAAUCUUCCGCCUUCAAGGCAAAUUGUGAUUCGCAAGGGAUGGCUCACCAUAAGCAACAUUGGCAUCAUGAAAGGAGGCUCCAAGGGAUACUGGUUCGUCCUUACGGCCGAAAGCUUGUCCUGGUAUAAAGACGACGAGGAAAAAGAAAAGAAGUACAUGCUUCCCUUGGACAACCUGAAAGUCCGGGAUGUGGAAAAAAGCUUUAUGUCUAGCAAACACAUCUUUGCACUCUUUAACACAGAGCAAAGGAAUGUAUACAAAGACUACCGCUUCCUUGAGCUGGCAUGUGAUUCGCAGGAGGACGUAGACAGCUGGAAGGCAUCGCUGCUGAGAGCUGGGGUCUAUCCUGAUAAAUCUUUAACUGAAAAUGAUGAGAAUGGCCAAGCAGAAAAUUUUUCUAUGGACCCACAAUUGGAGAGGCAAGUGGAGACCAUUCGCAACCUUGUAGACUCCUACAUGUCUAUUAUCAACAAAUGUAUCCGAGAUCUAAUUCCAAAAACGAUAAUGCACCUUAUGAUCAAUAAUGUUAAAGAUUUCAUCAAUUCCGAGCUCCUAGCACAGUUAUACUCUUCCGAGGACCAAAAUACUCUGAUGGAGGAAUCCGCAGAGCAGGCUCAGCGCCGAGAUGAGAUGCUCCGAAUGUACCAGGCCCUCAAAGAAGCCCUGGUGAUCAUCGGUGACAUCAACACGGCUACGGUGUCCACCCCCGCCCCGCCUCCCGUGGACGACUCUUGGAUACAGCACUCUCGCAGGUCUCCUCCUCCAAGUCCCACAGCCCAGAGGCGGCCGACGCUGAGCACGCCCCUGCCAAGGCCCACGUCCGGCCGAGGCCCCGCUCCCGCCAUUCCUUCCCCGGGCCCUCACUCGGGGGCUCCCCCUGUCCCGUUCCGUCUGGGGCCGCUGCCCCCUUUCCCCAACAGCAGCGACUCCCUGGGAGCCCCUCCGCAAGUUCCGUCGCGGCCCACGCGGGCCCCACCCAGCGUUCCCAGCCGGAGACCACCCCCAUCACCAACUCGUCCCACUAUAAUCCGUCCACUAGAAUCCUCCCUGUUAGACUAAACGAAGUAUCUGGCAUGGCAAUUAAAUCACUAAUGAAUUAUGUGAAAGCAACAUAUUUGAUAACCGUUGCGGUAAACCGUUGAGUAGUCGCAUGUGUGGACAUCAGUAGGCAAGUAACCCGUUUUACUAAUGCAUUCAUUAUUCAUCACCGUGGCUCACAGUGUCAAAUCUUUGAGGUUUGACUCUUGAAAACUGCAGACUCUUAGAGGCAUUCUAUGUUGUAUUGACCAAGGUAGGUUUGUAUAGCAUCCCUAUACUUUUGGUACCAUUUGCCUACCCUGGCAUAUAUUCGAAACUGCUUUGGAUACAUUUUCCAGGUUAUUUACAUGGUAGUUCAUUAAAUAAAAUUCUUAACUGAUAUGAGAUGGUGAGUGUAAGACCUAAGCCAUACAUGCAUAUUUAUUUCCCACAUUCUGUGUAGAAUGGCAGAAAUUCUGUUGUCUGACUUAAAUUCUGCCACCUACUCCGUUAUUACCUAUUUAACUCCUCUUUCCUUACACUUUCUUUCAUAAAACUACUAGGAAGAGAUUUUUUUUUGGGGGGGGUGGGGUUUAGAAGCACAAGGUAGUUGGCAAAGGAAAAGUCUGCAUUGUUUGCUCUAGAGAGCUUCUGCUCAUGCCAGUGUGUUUUGCUUCAUGCUAGAAGCAUAUACAGCAGUCAUCAAAGCUUAAUGUUCAGUAAUCAGUAGAUUUGGCUAAUGAGUUUCCGAGUUCAAGAAAGAAGCAAAAAAAUCCCAUGUCUACAAAAACUGUCUGGAAAAAUAGAAUCUGUUUACUCUCUUAAAUUCAUCUCUUGGUAGGUUGUAGUGAUGGCCCUGAUAGAAAAUAUUUAAUUUUUCCAGUUGAUCUGCUUUUUUGACAUGACUAAAAAUACUUUGAUACAAACUCCAGUUUAGUAGUAGUAGUACAAUAUUGUCAUUAUUUUGGUUGAAGCAAAAAAAAAAAAUCAUUCCUUGCUACUUUGUAAUUCCCUUAUAUUCUUUACAUAUAAAUAAUUUUUUAAGAAUACAUUUUAACCAGUUUCUAACAUUCUAGCCAUUCUUAAUACAUCUUGAGGCUUACUACAAGAUAAUCACAUUUAAAGAAUUAUACCUGCAUUGGAAAGAAAAAUCAGGAAGUGAUGCCUUGGUGUAGGAGCACAGCUCACACCUUUGUUUGCAGUUGUACUGCUUCAGCGUCCCUAGCAAGAACACUCCAGAAAAUGGCAUUGGAACACUGAGAUCCUAAGCAAAUUUUUAAUUUCUAAUAUUUCUAAAAUUUAUAAGAGCAGUUUAACCUAGGGGUUAAUAGUUCAUUCUUGAAACUAAGUUUUGAACUACCUAGGACCAGAUGAUUAACAUGUAGGAAACAGCCAGAAGCCAAUUGGAAUUUUGUCUGCUAACUGUUCCCAGACAGCAGAGCAAGUAUUCACUGAAUAGUGGCGUCCCAUGACACUAUUUCAUAUUGUACAGAAGUAAAUCAGGUAUUACCAACUGAAAUGUCUCCCUUUAAAGGCAGCAAAUAUGAUUUGUAUGUUAACUUUAAUUUCCUGUGUCAUUUAUACUCAAAGUAGACACCCAUAAAGUAUGAAACUUUUAACCUUAUUAAAAAGAGAACUUGCCAAGUUGAAUGGAACUGUAUUGAACUUACUCUUACAGGCUUAUAAGCUAGCCCACUACUAAUUGGUAAACUUUGGAGAAUACAAGAUUUACGAAAAGGGCAUUUCAACUUUUUAAGUUACAAGUGAUUGUAGAAAAAAUAUCACCACUCUAAGUCCUUUCAAAUCUUAUUUCUCUGGGAGGAGGGGUGGAAUACACACACACACACACACACAGAGUGAAUGGGACCAGUGUGCAAGAUACAUAGUAUAUUUUCAAAACAGUGCCUCAGCUAAAUGUAAAAAUAUUAAGUAAACAGCCCUAGUGAAACAAGUAAUCUGCAGUAAGGUCUUUUCAUAAAAUUCCCUGUUCUUAGGAUUCCCUUUGCUUCUUCCUUUGAAUGCUCUAAAAGAGGCAGCUAACAGAUUAUAUACUUCAUGGUUUGGCUUUGUGCUAAAUGUGGUUUUGCAUUUUGCUGUAUUUCAAAAAUUUCCUUCUGUUAAAGGAAAAUAUUGUGGAUAACCACUGAUGUGUUCUUGGAUCAGCACAAACCGUGUCAAAGAAAAUUGGGGAUUUUUUUCCAAGUUUCCUUCCACUGAUCUUAGGCAGCCAUAAACAAUGGCAUUUGUCAUCUUUGGCUUUUGCUUUUAGAUUAUAGUCACACAGUUGUGCUGUUCCAAUUGUCUCCCUUUGUGGGUAUGUUUUUGGUCUCUUUCACUCCUAACUUAUGUCUGAUAGAACCCAGCCACCCCUAGAAUUUCAUCAGUCAUUUGGAGAAUAUUUUCAGUUUGCUUCAGUACUAUGUUGCAAGGGUUUGCAUCCUGCUAAAGGGAGAUGUCAAUGUGAAUGAAGUCUGAAGCUCUGGGAUGUGCAUACUUUGAGGUGCAGUAUGCACUUCAGGCCUUAAGAUGGGAAUGUAGCAUAAUGAGCUCCAUACUAUUUCUGAUCUAUUGUGUAAUUUUCUCUUAACUGAUUGCUUUGAUGUUGUCAACACAAUGGAUGUAGCUCCAUCAUGUCUAGCAUAAUAAAGAAAAUUCAGUGUUUUUAGGACUUGGAAAAAUAAAUUGUAUAUUUGAUAGGUAAAUCUAGUUUUAUUUUCAGUUGCUAAAUCUUGCAUGCACAUUGACUAAUUGGAAUAAACAUUUACUCAACUGUGGACAGAUUAUUGAAAUAGUAUUGAAUUAGAACAAGUAUAAUGUAUUUCCAAAAAUCAUCUACCAAGGAUACUCUUCUGAAUAUCGCUUUUAGCUGUGUUUUACAACAUAGAAGAUCAGUAGGGUCUGUUUAUUAGCAAGUUUGCUCUUUGUUCAAAUGCGAACUUACUUGACUCCAAAACAUAAUUAAACCAGUUCCUGUGAUAUAACUGUAAGCCUUCUGAACUUAGAAUUAAAAGGUAGUCACGUAGAUUCCUUUUGUGACUUUUUAGUAUAGCCUGCAGCCAUAAUUCUCAAAUACAAAAUGGGACCUAAUACCAGUAUGUGAUAACUGUUGUUUUCUGUGUACAAACACAUUUUCUAUGCAUGUGCCUCUAUGUAUACAGAAUAUACAUAGUAAAUUUGUUUCUAUGAGUACAUGUAUUUUGUGUCCCUUUGAAUUGGUAGGCUUAAAAACACUUGUCAAAAUCCCACAAGCAUGAGUGUUACUUAUGUGCAUUGUAUAUAGAUGUAUAUGUAUGGUGUAAAUAUCUGUAUACAUGUGCUUAGUAUGUGUGGGUAUGAAUAUAUUUUUCAGUUAUACCAACACAAGAGAUAGCUUUGGAGGAUCUGCAAUCAUAUGAGAUAACAGUGUUUGGUUUCUCAUAACAUCCAUGAAGUAUACAAAAUUUUCUAAUUCCAAAUUAGUCUUCACCUUGAGAGGUACAAAGCUCAAGAUCACCAUGUCAACAUGUAAAAUAAUGUCUAUAUCCACAGCACUGCUAUCUACAAAAUAAUUACGUUUAACAAUACAGUUUGGUAAGAAAUAUAAAAUCUGGAGACCUACCUUUAAGAUCUCUAAUUAGAAUUAUAAGUUCUCUUUGGAUUGCUGAGCUGAAUCUUAAAAAGCUAAGUUGAUCUACAAAGUCUUUCUCUUUAUGGUAAAUGUAAGAAAAUAAAAUACAGGAAUACAGUAACAUGUUAAAAGUAGUGGAUUUUUCUGAGUAAGUUUGCCAAAAAUGCAGGAGAGAAGUUAUUUGAGAACCUUGGAGGUAGGUUAUCUAUUUUCUCAUGUAAAUAUAUUCUUUUUUUUUUAAUUUGGCAAACAGUACAAUUAUCAUUAUACUGACAGGAAUCUCCUUAGAAUUAAGAAUAAAACCUAAAUAAUAGGUGUCUGACCCAUAGGACUCAACAAAAGAAGAUAAUGUAUGUGACUCAAGCCACAAGCUUUAUAUCAACUCACCUAGAUGACUCCCAGCUAUGAGAUUAGAGUUCAAAUGUAAAGGAAGUUAGAUGACCUUAGAGAAAACAUUGUUGGUUCGCCAGAUCACUCAAUCCUUUCUAAAAAGCUCAAGUAUGUCUUCUGGGAUAAUCUUAAGCCAUUCUGUCUAAUUAGUAUGUUUAAAAUUCUGUGGUGCUCUGUGAAACUAAGUAUGCUUUUGAGGUAUGUGUAAUAAGCAAGCUGUGUGUGUUUGUGUAUGUACAUAACACAUAUAUGUAAGAAUGUGUAUAUGUGUGAGAGCAAGAGGGGAAACUCAAGGAAGAGUAUCCCGUUUGUCCUAAGGCCUAGUCAUACUGGUAUAUGGGUGAAAUGUCUCACCUCUCUGGUAGAAGGUUUCACACAUGGUUCAGCUCAAGGCAUGAACUUCUACUUAAUCUUUAGCUUCGACAUACUUAAACUUUGCUCAUUAUGUAAUGUUUUUAAAAUUAUGACAAAAAUGACCCUGUUGUAUUUUCUGUAGCUGAUUUGUAAAAAUGUUUUCCCAGCCAGAAAUCUCAUCGUUAUUAACCUAAUUUGUGUUUUAUUUUGUAUGUACAGCCUUUGUUUUCCUUGCUUAUCUGUUUCUUUACUCUCCCUUUUCUGAAUCAAGUUCCUUUGCAUUUUUAUGAAGAAGGAGUAUACAAAAGCAAACGCUUGUCUUUCUCUGUUGAUAAUUAAUAUGAGCCAUUUUUCCACUGUCUUCUUGGCACUUUCAGGAUUUCUUAAUGCUGGUAUAUGGACUCUGUGAAUGGAAUUUUUGAAGAAAAAUUUCUAAGACUUGUAUCAUUCUUGAAGGUCACAUGUACCGAUUGUGAAAAUGUGAAGCUGUAUUUCUGAUCCUGAAAUAAAUUAUAACAUUUGAAGGGCCCUCUUUCCUCAUUCUGGUCUAUAAUACCUAGGGCUUCUAAAUAUUUAUACCUCUUUUGGUUGAAGUGAUCCAGAAUUACCAAAGUGGAGAACAUUUCAUUUAUGUCACUAAUUUGGGAAAGGAGAAGAUUUUUAAAGAGAGCAAAUUGGACAAAUCAAAGGCUGGAGAGUAGGAGACAUUUUAUUCCUGUUUAUAAGCCAUUGUGGGAGUGGACUCAAAAAUGAUAUAGCUCACAGUUCUGAAACAGCUGAAGGGUUCACUGUGACUCUUUCCAAAAAGCACCAUGGAUGGCACUUUGUGGUUAAAAAAGAGGGUGACCAUGAACAACCCUGGGAAGUGGGAGGGGCCAUGCUCUGCAGGAGGGCUAGCUCCAUAGGAGGAGUUCCUUAAAAAAUAGAAAUUCUGACCCAACAGUCAGCCUCCCUAAUCUGUUCCUUGGCCACAGUGGGAGAAUUUACCUCUUCCUGUUCUCCCAGCAGUAAGGGAACACUAGAAUGUUCAGUCCACUACAUAUAUCCUUGUCCUAAUUGAGGUUCUGGAGAACAGCUAAAGCCUCUCCAUUGUAACACUUUGGAUGAUAGGCAUGAAAGCAGCUUAGAGAUGAACAUGCCAGGAGUCUUAAUGAGUCUUGUAUGGGUCUCUGAAAAUGUUCUACCUUGCCUCCUGUCACCCACUCUUCAAAGAAGAGCUCCUUUAAAUUAAUUACAUUACCCAUAUGAGGUUAUUAUGAAGGAAGAGAUCCAGGUUGAUUUUAAAUUAAAGGUCAUCAAUGAAUUCAGAAGAAUAUCUAUCCUUAUUGCUUUUCUUUCCUCAUUUUCUCAAGCCUUCCAGCUCACCCUCAGCUCUGGGUUAUCAGAUUACCUAAAUAAUGUGCAAAGAAGGCAAGCAGAGAAUGUUUUAUGAGAUUCUAACAGAAAAAAAAAAUUUGUAAGGAAGACCUUGCCAGAGGAAUGUCACCAUAAAGCCAGAUUGCAGGAUUGAGGUAGAUCUCAGAGAAUGUGGUUAAUUCAUCAUUCUUAUUAACAACAGAGUCUUUUAUAUGUGACUAUAUAUACCUCUUUACCUUACUAUUUUGCCCAGAUACUUGUACUAUGAAGUUAUUUUUCAGAAAGCUUAAGAAAAUAUAACCUGAAAUUAUCUGGAUUAGAUAGACUUCCUUAUAAUUCAGGUAUGAUGAGUUUAAAAAUUGAUUAGCAACUCUGUGUGUUCCAGUUCAGCCCUCCAGCUUUCACAUUAGAGGCAGCCACAGCAGGAGAUACCUUUGUAGCCUCUAGGUGUAGAAAGCCCAAAUAUUUUCAGCAUUUGCCUUCAAGCACUCAGCACUAUGUAAGUAAUAGAAAAUCUGGAAAAGAAAUAAUAAAAACCCCAACUCCUGAUACCCAUGAUAGAACUAACUCUAACCCCGUAAAUGGUAUUAUCAUCAACAGGGCUUUUUUGUGCAAUGAGAGGGAAGUAAGAUACAAAAUAAAUGAAGAUGCAAAGAAAGGUGCUGAGGUGAUAAAUGUCACCCUGACGUCUGCAUCGAGCAUUCUAGCUGUCAGCGAAACACACUCCAACACAUAACGUUUCUGAUCUUGUUUCUGGGUUGGAACACCAGGCUAGCGCCAACAGGGAAGCGUUUUGGCAUAUGCUAACAGAGCAUGGCUUCAGCAGGGGUCUGGCUGUGGAGUGCAAUGGCUCACCUCCACCCCACUGAGGUCUUUAGAGAGUUCUAAAGCCCCUUCAGAACUCAGAAAUACUUUCUGUUGCCAGGCAGGUGAUAAAUCUCAUUGAGCCUGACAGAAAUUUAAUUACACUUUCUUCAUGAAAACACCAGGGAUACCCAUUACCUGGAUCUCCAAGGCUAACUCCUUGCAGACCCCCCGCAGUUGAAAGCUGAGGUACCAGUAACAAGUUCUUCAUCAUUUAAAUGGACAGGAGGCCUCCUUAGUGUAGUCAGCUUAUAUUGGGCCAAAGAAAAAUUGGUCUUGGACUUUGGAGAAGGUAAGAUCUUUUUUUCCUAACCACUGCUCAGAAAUAGCCCAGGCAGGUUGACUGUGUCAACAGCUCAUAGAAGAUGAAAAAGAAGUUUUUGUUUUUGUUUUUGUUUUUUAGACUUCAUUGCUCCACUCACUGAAGUGUCUUAAGAUGGAAGUGAGUAUGUUGUUGAACACUGCUGAGAGUAGCGUUCUGAAGGAACCUUACAGUUCUAUGGCUUGCCAUAGUGUUGAGUUCAUUAUUGGUUUGUUUAGACAGAGGAAACUGAAGUAUAGACUUCUGGUGCCAGCCCCUGGUGCA